AUGAACCGUGUUAGUCAGUCAAGUGAACUACUGUUGAACUUGGCUGUGUAUGGUAGUACAGAUUAUCUAGUUUUGGGGUCUCAUGCUGAUAAUAAUAAAUUGAGCAAAAAACUAACAUCCAACACAACAGAAUUCACUAGAAUUUUACAACAAUCUAAAGGUUAUGCAAAUUUAUUCACUGAUCAAUAUAUUGAUCAGUUGGUUGAGGAUAUUUUAGCCAUUCGCAAAGAAUACCCCAAUUUAUUGGUGGCGAGUACUAAUCACGAUCAUGAUGAUGAUUGUGAUUCUGAUGACAAGAAAUCGAUAAACACAAUUCAGCCAAAUCCUAAUGAGACAACAAUGACAACCAUUCAAUCCGCGCGUUUAAAAUUAGAUGAAAUAUUUGAACGAAUUCAAUGUUCAAUUAAUGCGCAUUAUGAUGAUUAUGCGAUGAGAAGAGAAGUGUUAGUAUCGAAAAAAAAAUUAUUUGAUGAAUGUCAAGCGCCGAUAGAUCUCGAGAAAUUCAAAGAAUCAUCUGGAAAAAUUCAACAAUUCAUUGUAACAUUAUCUAAAUUAAUACCAAUCUAUGCAAAUUUAACAUUGAACACUUGUCCUUCAUUGAAUAAAGAAAAUAUUGAACAUUGUACCACUACUAUUACUAAUACUACUACUACUGCUGCUACUACCACUACCACUACUCAAUAUUUUGAAACAAUAUAUAAAGCAGUGAAAAAUUUAGAAAGAAUCACGCUAGCCAAUGAAAAAUUAGAAAAUGGAUUAAAACGUAUCACACAAUUCUCCAAUACUGUAGCUUCAGGGCAAAGAUUAGCAUCAUUUAAAAUCAAACGUGUCGAAGUGAUUAUGUCAGUUGGUGGUGAAACCACAGAAAACUGUCAGAAUACUGUGAAGGGAAAUCAGAAACAGUUGGUUAGUUGUGUCAUUGUAAUACAGAGACCGUUCAGUACUAAACAUUAA